UACCAUACAUAGGCUUGAAGGCGCGACUUCAAAACAUCCUUCAAGCGCUCCUUCCUUCUUCUUUUAGCAUCAUUAGUCUCUCAUCAUCUUCUUCUUUCUUCUAAUCUAAUCUUUUAAAGUGGACCCAAUUUUUCUCUUACCCCGCAAAAGCAUGGUCGGACCCUCCACCGCCACCAUCAAGUUCCUCUGUAGCUACGGCGGCAAAAUCCUUCCCCGUUAUCCCGACGGCAAACUCCGUUAUCUUGGCGGCGAAACCCGUGUCCUCGCCGUUGACCGCUCCAUUUCCUUCGCCGAGCUGUUGUUGAAGAUGGGUGAGUUGUGUGGAACAUCGGUGAGUCUUCGUUGUCAGUUGCCGACUGAGGAUCUAGAUGCUCUGGUAUCUAUCACCUGUGAUGAGGACCUGGCGAAUCUAAUCGAAGAAUACGAUCGGGCCGCAUCACCACCGUCCAAUUUGAAGAUCAGAGCCUUCCUAUCUCCUCCGAAAUCCAUCAAAAAAAUCUCUCCUCCUCUUUCGUCAGCUUCUUCGAGCUCAUCUAAUUACACCGCUUCCAGUUCCACACCAAGGUCUACGAUGAUGCCGGUAGUAGUGACCGAUCGGUGCUUCCGUCAGAUCUCUCCGCCGGCGGUGGUGCCGUUUCGAAAAUCUACCGGCAAGAAUAUUCCUCACUGUGCGUAUCAUGCUCAUGGAAAUUCCGGCCAUAUUUAUCUCAUUCACAGCGGCAAUCACUGGCAAUAAUAAGCCCGGAAAAAAAAUUUUCCAUGGACGGAGACUUAAAAAUCUUUAAAAAGAAAUACUACAAAUAGACGAGAGAAAAAAUGACAAAAAAAAGUUCAUAUAUAUAUAUAUGUCAUAUAAAUGAUGUAAUUGGGGGACUGUAAAAUCGUUGAGAAGGAUUGGUUUUGAUCCGGGGCGAUUAAUGAAUUUUUCAGUCCAAUUUGGUUUUUAUGUGUUGGUUUAGGAAGAUAUGGAAAUGAUUGAAGCUGGAAGUUAAUCAGUUGCAGAUGUUGGGAAUUUAGAUGGAAUUUGUUAAAGGAGGGGAAUAUUGGACCGGACACUUUAAUGAAGGUGGUGGAGCAAAUGAUAGUUUUCCUAUCUACAAAAUCCGACAAAUAAUUCCAAAAGCCAUAGCCAGAAAUUGGAAAGACACUGGGGGACCAUUUUGGGUGUUAAUGGGGCUCUCAAUACUGGAACUUGCUUGAACAUUAGAGAGAAAAGAACCCCAUCAAAAAGUGACCCAUGACAGCUGGAACAUUAAGCUACAGCAAAUUAAUUAAAUCCCCCCCCCCCCCCCCCCCCUCCCCCCCCCAAAAAAAAAAAAAAAAAGGAAAUUCAAUUUUCUUAUAAAAUAUGGAGGGGAAAAAAAAAGAAGAAAAAUAUUUCUAUUAGCGAAGAGAUAGGAUCAAAGAGAAUGGCCUCACCCCCGAAACCCCAGCCCCCAAAAAAAAAAAAAAAGUUUGGAAAUUCAAUUUCCUUAUGAAAAAUGAACCCCCCAAAAAAAAUAAAAAUAAAUAAAAGAAGUAAAAUAUUUCAGCAAGAGAUUGAAUCUAUUAGAGAAGAGAUAGAGAGGAUCAAAGUCUUGAUUUUUGAUGGAAAAGAAAUGGCCUCCACUCAUGUAGCAUUCAGGAAGGUAGAUUCCUUUUUGGUGUGUAAGUUUUUGGAGAGAUUUGAGAUCAUACCAAUUUUCAUUAAUUAAAUUAUAAGAAGCCAAACAAUCCAUUGAAAGAGAGUUGAUCAAUGUCAUCUUGUGAACUAUAAUAUAAUAUAAAAGGAAAAAAAUAAAGAAGAUGGGAAGUGGUUUACUGGUUUAAGGUAAAACAUACCCCACCAUGUGUGAUCUUUUAUUCCUUUCUAUUCCUAACAAAUAUAUAAUAUAUGUUUGGAUCCAGAGAAAAAAGCAUCAUUUCCCAGUCAUCUAUUUGACAUGGAAAAGAGGGCAAUUGUCAUGGAUCCCACAGAGAGCAACCCACCGUGUCGGAUCCGAGUUUCGGGGACUGCAUUGUAAAGUCACUGUUUGAUGAGUGGCAAACAUUAAUGGAAGAUAAGGCUCCGGUGAAAGUGAUGAGGAAUGCUCGGGAUUUGGAGAGGUCGGAAAGUUGGGACCCUUUCGGAAAUAGAUACUUGGUUACAAAAUUUUAGAUAGAAAGUUUUUGUGGGAGAUAUGCAGAGUUUAUUUAUUGUGUAGCAGGUAAAAUAGAAAUAAAUAAAGAGUUCUUUUUCAAGUUUUACUA